AUGAAAACAAGUAGUUCUGUCAUAUUAGUUUUCAAUUUAUUCACAAUCAUUUUCUGCAAACCAAUUUUUAAGAAUGGAAAAGAACCAUCUAAUAAACUGCUUCUCAUCUCCUUUGAUGGAUUUCGUUGGAAUUAUGACCAAGAUGUUGAUACUCCACUACUGGACUACCUGUCAGAGAUAGGGGUGAAAGCAAAGUAUGUAACCCCACCAUUUGUAACAAUGACAUCUCCCUCUCACUUCACUACCAUCACUGGUCGCUGGAUUGAAGAUCAUGGCGUCAUCCAUAAUCUCAUGUUUAAUCCAGAGACUCAGCUGAAGGUUUCUUUUAAGACAACGCAAAAUAUGUCAGAAUGGUGGGACAACGGACCAUUACCCUUGUGGAUCACUGCUCAAAAUCAGGGUUUAAGGGCAGGUUCUUUACACUACCCAGGAGGAAAUGCUAACUACAGUGGGAAGACAGUGUAUAGAGCUCUGGCAGAAUUACCUGACCACCCUGACAGUGAUGAGCAGGAGUGGAGAGAUAACAUAGAUAUAGUCAUGAAAUGGUUCAAUGAAGAAGAUUUGGACUUUGUAACUCUUUAUUAUGGAGAGCCUGACAAAACGGGACACCUUUCAGGUCCAGAAACUGAACAGAGAAAAACGAUAAUUAGGCAAAUAGAUAGAACCAUUGGAUAUCUCUUGGAUUCGAUAAAAAACAAUAAACUAAAGGAUAAAUUAAAUGUAAUCAUUACAUCUGAUCAUGGUAUGACCACAGUUCAGAAAAAAGAUCUACACUCUGUAGAAGAGAUUAGGCUGUCCGAUUAUAUCACUUUUUCAGAGUUGGUUAAGUUUGAAAUGUUGGACUAUGGGGGUUUUGGAAUGAUUGUACCAAAAGAAGGAAAGGAAGAGGAAUUAUAUCAGAAACUUAAAGGUGCACAUCCUCAUUUAAAUGUGUACAAGAAAGAAGAGCUUCCUGAACGUCUCCAUUAUUCCACACACGAACGGAUACCACCAAUUCUGCUUUAUGGAGAUCUUGGCUACAGUGUAAACGGAAGAUUCAUAUUUUAUGUUAAUAAGGGAGAUCAUGGAUUUGACAAUAAUGAAAUGGACAUGAAGAUGAUAUUUCGAGCCUUUGGUCCAGAUUUUAGAAGCAAUUAUAUUGCUGAACCGUUUGAUAGUAUAAACAUAUACCCGCUCAUGUGUAAACUCUUGGGUGUCAUUCCAGAGCCCAACAACGGCUCGCUCACAUUUACUCAAGAUUUGAUUGAAAGUAACACUGAAGAACCAGACAAAGAAGAGACAAAUGUAGUGUUUGCGGUGGUAAUUGCAAUGUCCGUAGUGGGUGGAGUGCUGGUGCUAAUUUUCCUUUUCUAUGUGCCAUACACCGCUGUGAAAAGAAAGAAAGGCAUAGUCAUACUACAGUAUGAGACUUUUCAUGGGAAUCUUUGCUCAUAUGUUUGUCAUAUCAAGCUUAUUGAUGACACGUGGGAGGACAGUGCAACUCCAAUCACCUAA